AUGCCUAUACGCGGUAACUCAAAUGGACCUCCCCCAUUCCACGAUGCGUCAAAUAAUGCAGAUGUCAUUCUCCGUUCUUCAGACAACAUCAAUUUCUAUUGUCACAAGAAAGUUCUCAGUAAAUGCUCACCAUUUUUUGCUACCAUGUUUUCCUUGCCUCAAACCGAAACUGAAGAACUACUUCCAAUGGGUUUCCAAUCUCAGUGCGCCGAAGCCUGUCGGCCUACGCUAGGUGCCGAUGUCGUGAUCAUGCCGAUCGACGUUACUGAGGAUGCCCGAGCACUCGAAAGUCUCCUGCGGGCCUGCUACAGAAUCACUGCACAGAUACCCACGUUCGAUUUGUCCCCUAAAGAUGUACGACCUUUGAUUGAAGCAACAAGGAAGUACGAGAUGGACGAUGCUGUUAUCCGACUGAUUUUGAGGCGUCUGCUCGACCUCGUAAAGCACCAUCCUCUCGUAGUGUAUGCCGCGGCGUGCACGCUGGACAUCGAAUACAUAGCAAGGUGCGCGGCGUCCACCUUUGUUCGCGCUGUGCUUGCAAAGCAUUCCAAUGGGAAGUCGCGGAUCCUCCCAUGCUUCUUCGACGCCUACGUCGACGACCUCGAUGACCUCCCCGCAGGCGCGUACUUUCGUCUCCUCUUCAUCUGCAGUCGGCGGGUCUACACAUUUGACUUAUCAAGCCCAGUCUGCCCGCAGUUCUGCCAGCCACUGGCACGAAUGACUGUCCCGCCGCCUAGCCUGCCAAUCACCCAUCCUUUCAGUGAUCCUGCCAAGGGAGACAUUAUCUUUCAAACUUCAUGUGGGGCGCGGCUAUACGUUUACAGACAGAUUAUCAUCCUUGCAUCUCCGAUUCUUGCCCAAGAAAUUGAGGGAGCUCCGGCAGCACCACUAGGUAGUCACAGCGUCGUUCACCUUCCGGGGUCCGUAGACGGGCAUAGCUUCUCCAUGCUUCUCCAGUUCUGUUACCCAAUGGGCGAUCCAGACAUCAAAGACCUGUCGGAGGCAGAACAUCUCUUAGAGCUUGCAAAGCAUUAUCAAAUCACGAGGGCAGCUGAGGCAGCACGGAGAAAGUUCAGAGAGUCGAUUGGGGACGACCCUUUUCGUGUCUUUUUCACUGCAGCGCGAUAUGGGUGGGUGGAGGAAACCGAGGAGGCGGCUAUCCAUGCAGUAUACCAACCGCGUGAUUACUAUGUUGGCGCGAUGGAAGACGUACCGGCUCGUAUAUAUCGUCGGCUUCUUGUGUUCCGCCAACGCUGUCGAAAAGAAAUCUUCCGAUUUACGUCGCACCAACAGCAGCUUUUACAUCAGCCCGGAGAAGCAAUGGCGUUAUACUGGAGCAAAGACGACGUCAAUCCUUUCUGCAUUGAUACCGGGUUCUGGCUGCAGAUUCACAAACGACUGUACAAGGCGGCGAAUUCCAGAGAUGUCUUUUUGGACCUCACAGUGAAUGAGAUAGUCGGCGCGUCCCUUCCUGUAUCUAUCGCACGCAGGGCCAACUCUGUGAAGACAAUGUCGAAGUCGAUGGUAGUUAGAGACAUCAUUCACCACAGUGUUGACCUGGUGGGAGUGGUCGCAAACGCUCUGUGUGAGGUUAGUGUUAACGAUGCACACGACAUGGUCAAUCCGAACUCACAAGCUGUACCACAGAUUAAAUUUUGA